AUGUUGCGCGGCCUGGGCAGCUGGUUGGGGCUGGAGCGGGCAGGCGAGGAGAAGCUGCUGUCGGCCGAGGAGAGGAGCAGCUCCGCGGAGGAGGAGGAGGAGGCGGCGGCGGCGGCAGCUGCAGGUGCGGUGGCGGCCGUGCAGAGCUCGGAGCAGACGGAGCUGCAGGUGGACUCGGAGGCGCUCCUCAGCCAGGCCAAGGGACUCGGCAGUUACCUCUUCAAUUUUGCCACUGCUGCUACAAAAAAGAUAUCUGAAUCCGUUGCCGAAACAGCACAUACAAUAAAGAAGUCUGUAGAAGAAGGAAAAAUCGACAGUAUCAUUGAUAAGACAAUUAUUGGAGAUUUUCAGAAGGAACAGAAGAAAUUUGUCCAAGAGCAACAAACAAAAAAAUCAGAAGUAGCAGUGCCUCCCUGGGUAGAUAGCAAUGAAGAAGAGACAAUUCAACAACAAAUACUGGCCUUAUCAGCAGAUAAACGAAAUUUCCUCCGGGAUCCUCCAGCAGGUGUGCAGUUUAAUUUUGACUUUGAUCAAAUGUACCCUGUUGCAAUGGUGAUGUUACAAGAAGAUGAACUUCUCAAUAGGAUGAGGUUUGAUCUCGUUCCCAAACACGUAAAGGAGGAGGUGUUCUGGAGAAAUUAUUUCUACAGGGUGUCACUAAUUAAACAGUCUGCACAACUCACUGCACUUGCAGCUCAACAGCAAGCAGUAGGAAAAGAAGAGAACAAAGGCAGAGAAGAGGAUAGUCAACUGAAAGAAACAGUACGGCCAAAAACACCGCCUGUUACAAUAAAGCCUCAAAUAAAAUCUCAAGAGGAUGAGGAAGAGAUUUCCACAAGUCCAGGUGUAUCAGAAUUUGUAAGCGAUGCUUUUGAUGCCUGUAAUCUGAAUCAGGAAGACCUAAGAAAAGAAAUGGAACAACUGGUGCUAGACAAAAAGAGAGAAGAGACUUCAGUAGUAGAAGAAGAAACUGCUGAUUGGGAAAAGGAAUUACAACAAGAGCUUCAAGAGUAUGAGGUGGUGACGGAAUCAGAAAAGCGUGAUGAAAACUGGGAUAAAGAAAUAGAAGAAAUGCUGCAAGAAGAAAAUUAAGCAUUUUCACAAAAUCACUAUAACCCUAAGCUUUUUCUGAGGACUGACAUGGAUUUCUGCUUUCAUAUUUUGCUUACGAAAGAUCUUCAAAAGACAUAAAAGAAUCUGAAAUCAUUAUAAUUCCAUAUGGGGAUACAGCCAUUAUUUCUGUUCUUUAUAUGAGCAGUUUCUGAACUUCAGCAUUCUUCAAAAGAAAAAAAAAAAAGACAGACACUGCAGGUUAUAUGUUAUAAUUAAAAGUGGUAACAUUAUUACACGAAGAAACAGUUUAGUUUGAAUCAUUUUUAGGUGGUCAGGAAGCUCUGCAAAGAGAUUUCUAAAUCUAAGAAUCUCAAUUUGUCUACAGCCUUCUGUUUGGGAUGUAAAAAUGGAUGUUGUAAGUAACAUAGUCCUUGAAAGUAACUCUCUCAUCACGUUUGCACUCUGAUCCCUGUAUAAUCUGUAAAUGUGUACUAUUUUUAAGGUACUUGUAGCUAGUAGCUUUCAUGUGUAUUUAACUUCCUUAAUGUAUGUAGCCAAAGAAUUUAUAGAAAACCCUAUCGAGUAACUUCCAAUAAUUUGUUAUUAAAAAAUACUAAUUCA